AUGGACAGUCCCGAUUGGGACAUCGACGCUGUCUUCUGGUUCCAGCUGUACAACGACACCGACGUGAAGGGGGAGGAUCCUAUCGCCAUUACUCAAAUGUUCAACGUCAGCACAUCUGACAGCAGCUCUAACCGCGAGUCCGACACAUUUGUCUAUAUAAAUCGGGGGCUUUCCACAGGAGCUACCGCAGGAAUCGCCGUUGGAUCCGUUGCUGGUGCGCUAUUGCUUGCUGGUCUCGGCUUCUUCCUUUGGAGACGAUCACAAAGGGCCAAAGAUGCUGCUGUGGUGAGUCAACAGGCCAGCGAAAGUCAGCUUCAUCCGCAACCGAUCCCGCAGCAGCAGGGAGUAUACGAGUACAAUCACCAACAUUCCGCAUCACCAGCAAGUAUUGUGAUAAAACCGGAGUUACCAAACGAAUCAGCGAAUAUUCACGAAGCACCAUGA